AAGGCCACACUUAAAUUUUUUGUUUUUAAGUUGCUAUCAAAAAACCAACUGUUGAAGAAAGUGCAAAAAGGUUCCAGUUAGAUAGUAAGUCACUGUAAUUUAAAGGAAUCCUCCAUGAUCUGCCAGGAUGGCCUACGACGACGCCUCCAAUCGCAGAACCUCGUGCACCUGUUGCAGAACCGCGAAUCCGGAUUCACCUGUCCAGGUAGCCAGCUGAGCAGGAUGCCCCGGCUGGCAUACGAACGCCCAUUCUACAAGUGCAUUACGCCCUGCCUGACCAUUGAUUCGGUUACAAUUCCGCCAGUUUACCUGCGCAAGUUCACUCCAGAUGGGAAAAAAUUACUGGCCUUUUCGCAUGAUCAGCGCAGUCUGCACAUCUUUCGCUACAGGGGAUUUAGUUGUGCGGCUGUGGGAGAGCUGAUUCGCCAGGCUGACGUAGGCAGUGCAGAAUGCUUUAGCAGCCAUGACAACAUACUUAAGAGUACGAUCUUCGAGCGCCUGUUUGCCACCAAGGAGGCAGUGAGCCUGCGUUUGUGCCAAAACGACUAUGGCCUCUACUAUUUACAUCGAGAGUUCAGUGUGUUUCUGGAAGAGGGGAGAUAUGUCUUGCUGGCUGCCAUGUCCGUGGUGCGGGGUGCUCUGCCCAUCGACGACUAUGUUCGGUAUCCGGAUCUAUUCGACAAACUAGAAGCCUUCUCUUAUGUUUUCUUCUUAGUGGACUUGGAACUCGGCGUAGUCACCGAUAGACUCUUACUGCCUAACGACUCUAUCGUGAUUGCUCACAACCACGGCAUUUCAGUCUUUGGCUCCAAGGUGGCAAUAAUGUCGAGGCUACAUCAGUGUAUUUAUGUUUAUUGCGUGUCAGAGGGAAAAUUUCACAAGCAGGAGACGAUAGGUCCACGGCCUCGGGACUUUAUCGAAAAGGCUCCCACCAAUUUUGAAAGCAUAGAUGCGACUACAGUUCUGCCCAUUACACAUAUAAAACAGCGCGUUCUGAGCUUUCUUUACCGCCAAAUUGAUCCUGAUAGCCCCAGUGCCACCGGCAAACGGAAGGAGUUUUACAAAAACUUUGAGUUUGUGGAACAUAUGAUUAUGGAAAGAAUGCAAAUGGUGAACAAGGAACUCUUCCUGUUGCGAUAUGAAGAACGGCCAAAAGAUAGCGACACCAUGCCCACUACCCCAACACCCCGCCGCUUAUAUGUUUUUUACACAAUAUCUGCAGAAGAAGUUGUUGGCGUAUACCCGGAUUAUUCAGUUGACCUGCUUCAAAUCAUACUGCAGUUCUACGAUGAGAUGAGCAAUGUUCGAUCGCUGCAAACUGGAGAUGCACCUUCACUGCCUCUACAUUUUUUCUUGAAGCAAAACUUCGGUGACGCCAACGAGUCGAUUCCUGUGGUCCGGCAAGCGGCGUUGCGAUUUAACCCUAGUGUACCUGUCAGCUCUCAGAGCCUAUCGCCAUCGCCCUACUUGAGAUUCAACGAAUUCAACUUUGACGAUCGGCACGUCUCGCCGCUGGAGCGACCCAAUCCCUGCUCCGCCGAACCUAUUGUCUUCCAGGAUCGGACCACGAAGUCAGUCAAGUUUAGACUGCAUGCCACGGCGCGCAGGCAUAAUAAUCUAUCGGCACCGCGGGAACUCUGUGCCUUCAUUUGGCAUCCGUUCGAGCCACUAGUUCUCAGCAUUCAAAAGUGUAUGAACAGCUACGCCUACCAUGUCCAUCUGUACAAUCACGGCACGAUAGUGAAGCAAUAAGGUCCGUAAUAUAAAUGUAUAUUUAUGUACAUAUAUUAAGAUA